AUGGUUCGAAAAAUGAACAAACUUGCCAAAAGAUUGGCUGUCAAUUCGAAAAAAGUUGUGCAAGAAGAAGAGGUAUUUUUAAUUUUCAGAUUUAAAAAUUCUAGAAUUCCUGACCCGAAUUUCAAAACAUCCAUUUUUGCAGAGCGGUGACGAAUCUGAUUUCGAUUUCGAUAAUGCAAUCGAAGAAACAAAAGAUGUUGAAAUGAAAGGAUUAGAUAUUGAAGAAGAACAAGAAAGUGAUGCUGAUGAUGAUCGAGAACUUCAAGCUGCUUUUGCUGCUGGACUUUUGAAAUCCGAUGGAUUGAAUAUUAUGACUAGAAAAAAGCGAAGUGUUAUCAACAAAGUUGCUGAAAUGAAAGAAAAAUUGGCUGAAUUCACCAAAGAUUUGCCAUGGGUUGAAACUCUUGAAAUUGUUACACCACAUCAACAGCUUGACAAAAAAUCCGAAAAUGAUGAUUUCAAAAGAGAAUUGAGUUUGUGAGUUUGAUUAAAGGUUUAAAAAUUGAUUUUUCACUAUUUUUCCAAAUGCAUUCUCUCUUUUUUUUCAAUUUCUUAUCUAUUUUUUUUAGCUAUAAACAAGCUGAAAAAGCAGUUCAAAUGGCUUAUCCCCGUCUUCUCAACUUGAAUAUCAAAGUUUUGCGACCAGGAGAUUAUUAUGCGGAAAUGGCAAAAAGCGAUUCGCAUAUGCAAAAAAUCCGCAAACGUUUGUUAGGUAUUCAAGAAAUGAAAGAAAGACAAGAAGCAUUCCGAAGAAUUCGCGAAGAGAAGAAAUUCGCAGUCAAAGUGCAAAAAGAAGCGAUUGCCGCUAAAAAUAGUGAAAAGAAGAAGUUGGCAGAAGCAGUGAAAAAACAUAAGAAGGGAAUGAAACAACAAUUGGAAGAUAUGUUGAAUAAUGUGAAAAGACAUGGAUUGGAUCAAGAUGAUGAUGAAGGAGGUAGAAGUAAUGGAGGUGGUAAAUUUGGAAGAGGAGGUUCGAGAGGCGGCGGAUCGAUUCGUAAUGCGGGAGAUUUGAAAAAGAAAAUGAAAUCGGACAAAUUUGGUUAUGGUGGAAGAAAGAAGGGAAUGAAGAGAAAUAAUAAAGAAAGGUAAGUAUUUUGUCAAGCAAACAUCAAGAUCCUAAUUUUUCAUUUUUAUUAAUAUAAUAGUAACGGACUUUAUGUCCUAUGUGUCCAAAGCAAACAAAAUUGAAUUUGAAAAAAAAAACUUCCAAUCCCAAAAGUUUUUGUAAAAGCUUGCAAACCUCACAAUAAACAUAGAAAUAGUGUGUGAAAACAAGAGAAACAUAUCUUUUUUGAUAGUUAUUUUUUCUGCAUCUUUUUCAUUUUUUAUUAUACCAAUCAAAAAUAUUUCAGUUUCAACGAUCUUUUCGGAAAUCCACGUGGCGGAUUUGGAGGAAGUCGAGGUGGAAGAGGAGGCCGCGGACGUGGUAGAAGAUAA